UCCCAGGGUUGGACUCGGAAAUGGAAGCACAGAGCGCCAGGGCAGAGGAGGGCUUUACCCAGGUCACCUGCAAGGGUGGCCAGAGGGCUAAGAAACGACAGGCUGAACAGCUGUCCGCAGCGGGAGAGGGCGGGGAUGCGGGCCUUAUGGACACAGAAGAGACCAGGCUGGCGAAGAUGCCCGUCUUCCCACCCCUCUGUGGUGACAGGCUCCUGAGUGGGAAAGAAGAAACAAGGAAGAUUCCAGUCCCGGCUAACAGAUGCACACUCAAAAGAAACUGGAUGAAGAUAUUUACUCCUGUUGUGGAACAUUUGGGUCUUCAGAUAAGCUUUAACUCAAAAUCAAGGAAUGUAGAAAUCGGGACUUGUAAAAAAACCAAUGAUGGUAGUGCUCUGGCAAAAGCAGCUGAUUUUGUGAAAGCCUUUAUUUUCAGCUUUCAGGUGGAGCGUGCCCUUGCCCUCAUCAGGUUGGAUGACUUCUUCCUAGAGUGUUUUGAAAUCACAGAUGUUAAACCCUUAAAGGGAGACCAUCUCUCCAAGGCAAUAGGAAGAAUCGCUGGCAAAGGAGGAAAAACCAAAUUCACCAUAGAAAAUGUGACACAGACGUGGACAGUUUUGGCUGAUGUGAGAGUUCACAUCCUUGGCUCCUUCCAAAACAUCAAGAUGGCAAGAACUGCCAUUUGUAACCUAAUCUUGGGAAAUCGUCCUUCCAAGGUUUAUGGCAAUACUCGAGCUGUGGCUAGCAGAUCAGCAGAUCAACUCUGAUUUCAAGUCAGAGACUUUUUAUCUUGCCCUUGGACUCUGGAAAAAAAAUAUUUUACUAGCGGUCACAAUAAAUCAUCUGAAGAAUUGCAGUCAUUUGAAGCCUCCAUCCCUUCUUCCGUUCUCAGACAGAAGCACAAACAGAAAAGAAAGGUUUAAGAGUAUUCACACUCAGCAGGUUUUAGGAUAAUUUAAAUAUCAAAAAUUGAUUCUAUUAUUAUACCUACACAUUAGAUAUAAUUUAUCAUUUCUUUGAAAUCACGUGUAGCAGAUUGCAUAGUUUAUAAUCCUCUCAGAGGGAAACUUCUUAAACAGCUCUAUGUGAAUUUAUACUUUUAUAUUUAGAAAUUCAUAACUUCAUAAAAAUUUAUAAACAUUUCUUUAUAAAUUGUAAUUUAAUAGAUUAUCUUAGAAAA